AUGUCUGCCAUCGAUAUCACCAAAGACCUCCCCGCCCUCUUUAAGAAACAAGUCCAGUCGACUCCCAAUGGCAUUGCCUUGGAAGAUGGAACCACCACAUACACAUAUGCCGAAUUAGAUCAAGAAGUCGAUGCACUGGCCACUCGACUCCGAUUAUAUGGCGUCAGUCGUGACUCGUUGGUUGGGGUAUUGCUUCCUCGUAGCGCCCACUACGUGAUCGCCUGUCUGGCUGCACUUCGCGCUGGUGGUGCAUUUCUGGUGUUGGAGCUCGCCUACCCCGCGGGGCUACUAGCCGACGUUAUCGAGGAUGCCCGCCCCGCCGUUGUCAUUACCCACCAAGUGGAGGCUCCCCGAGUGAAAGCACAAUGCCCUGUUAUCGCAUUAGAUCAACCCACGGCUGAAGUGAAUGGAAACUCCAAAGAAGCCGCACCCCUACCAGCGGAGGAUGAUCUGGACCGUUUGGCUUUUGUUUCUUAUUCUUCUGGCACCACAGGCAAGCCGAAGGGAAUUGCCAACCCCCACAGAGCACCCGUGCUCUCAUAUAACCUGAGAUUCGGAAUUCAGGAUCUGCAACCAGGUGACCGGGUAGCUUGCAAUGUGUUUUUCAUUUGGGAAAUGUUGCGCCCGCUGCUACGCGGUGCGACGGUUGUCACCGUUCCUGACGAUGUUAGCUAUGACCCAGCCGCGUUGGUGGAUCUCCUUGCCUCGAAGCGCGUUACCGAAACCCUCAUGACCCCGACUUUACUAGCCACUGUGCUUUCUCGAUAUUCCGCCGGUCGCAUUGCGACUCGUUUACCGGAGCUUCGGACACUGUGGCUGAACGGCGAGGUCGUGACCACAGAUCUGGCUCGUCGAGCGAUCAAUGCUUUGCCCCACACGCGCUUGCUGAACUGUUAUAGCGCAUGUGAGACACAUGAAAUCGCAUGUGGAGAUAUUCGGGAAAUGGUCGACGAUUCUAUUUACUGCCCUGUUGGUCCUCCUAUUGACCCAGAGCACAUGUAUAUUCUGAACGAGAGUGGUGAGCGGGUAGAGACCGGGACUGCUGGAGAGUUGUUUAUCGGUGGAGAUCUUCUCGCCCGCGAAUAUCUUAACCUCCCCGAAACAACGGCCAAGGCCUUCACUUCGGACAAGUUUUCUGCCACACCGGGUGCUCGGAUGUACCGAACGGGUGAUCUGGCUCGACAACUACCAUCUGGUCUUCUGGAAAUCACUGGGCGAGUAGGCGCGAUGAUCAAACUUCGCGGCUACUCGGUUGUCCCUGCCAAGGUGGAGAGUGACAUUUGCCAGUAUCUGGCUGUGAGCCAUUGCGCUGUAGUCGCUCACGGAGAUGGUCUGGAGCGACAGCUGGUCGCAUACGUUGUGGCAGAUUUUGAGGCGGGUGAUCGUCCGGCAGUUGAGGUUGACGAGGCCGGUCACAGCCCGGCUUCACGUCGCGUGUUGGAGGCGCACCUUGCUCACUAUAUGAUUCCUGCACAGUGGGUCAUCUUGAAAGAGCUCCCCACUAGCGAGGUCUCUGGUAAGGUCAAUCUCAAGAGCCUUCCUCCCCCUCGCAGUGCUAGCCCCGCUAGCAGCGAACAGUCUAUAGACAAGGAUCCCAUUGGCAUUAACGAUAUUGCUGCUUUCUGGGCCAGUGUUCUAAAGACAUCAAAGACCUUUCUGAAGCCUCAAGAUAAUUUCUUCGACUUGGGUGGUCACUCAUUGUCUCUUGCGGAUUUGGCAUCCAAAAUCUCGAAACACUUUGGUUUCCGCGUGCCCAUUCCACGUCUCGCAGAAAAUGUCACCCUGUCUGGUCAUCUGGAUACAGUUCGCGCUAUCCGAGAUGGCCACACUGCAGCUGUUCAAGCUGAUCUUCCAGCUGUAUUGUUGGCUGACUCUACCCUGGAUGACGAAAUCAAGCCUCUUCCAAACACCACAAUCACUUCUCUUGCCUCCGCAGACACUGUUCUUUUGACUGGUGUGACUGGAUUCCUGGGUGCCUUCUUGUUGAGUGAUCUUCUUGAGAAUACCUCGGCUCAGAUCAUUUGCUUGGUCCGAUUCAGUGAUCCAGAAGACGAUGAUCAGGCCGGCGGUGUUGCCCGUAUCCGUCGCAAUCUUCUGGACCUGGGACUGUGGCGCGACACAAUCAUGGAGCGUGUAGAAGUUCUCCCUGGAAACCUUUCCCGACCUCGUUUCGGGUUGUCGCCUGAAACAUUCGACGACCUUGCUUCUCGGGUCCAGGUCAUCGUUCACGCGGCGGCUACCGUGAAUCUGGUAUACCCCUACGCUGCCCUCCGUGACGCUAAUGUUGGCGGAACGCGAGAAAUCCUCCGUCUAGCCGCCAAGGGUGGCGCCACAGUUCAAUAUGUCUCGACGAACGGUGUUUUACCCCCCUCUCCCGCCGGUGGACGCGGCUGGACCGAGGAUACUAUGCUGGAUAUUAAGGAUGUGCCUACCAAGCUGUUAGACGGCUACGGCCAGACCAAGUGGGUUGCUGAGCAACUUGCGCUUAAGGCUAGUCAGCGUGGAUUACCAGUGAAGAUCCAUCGAUGUGGUACAAUCAGUGGACACAGCCUGAAUGGUUCGGCGAACGCGUGGGAUCUGCUAACUGCCUUGUUGGUUGAGUCCAUCCGGCUAGGCUACGCUCCAGACGUUGACGGCUGGCGCGCAGAGAUGACCCCUGUGGACUUUGUCAGCCAGUCCAUCGUUCACCUCGCCACACAAACACAAAAGGUGGAGAGCCAACCCGAGCAGACAGUCUACCACCUGGGUGAUCCCGACCCUAUCAACACUCGCACUGUCUUUGAGAAUCUGGCGGAGCUCGGCUAUCCCACUAAAUCACUCCCGUGGGACGAAUGGGUUGCUCUUUGGACAGAGAAGCGUGGCUCGACUAAGGGUGGAGAUGGUGCAUUCACUGUCGAUAUUCUUCGCAGCGGCAUGCCUACCGUGGAGUUCCUUCGCGGUAUUGUGGUCCUGGACAAUGCCUUGACCAGACCAUUCCGCAAGGCUGUCGAAAGACCCAAGGUGGACGCUCUCCUGCUGGAAACUUAUGCCCGCCAUUGGUUUGCUCGUGGUUGGCUCCCCAGACCCCCGUCCCGUCGCCAGGCCCUCGGCCGCUCUGUCGCCCGGGCUUCCCGCGGCCCGCUCAGCGGACAAGUGGCAGUCGUGACAGGUGCUUCCUCAGGAAUUGGUGCUGCAGUCGCAGCUGCACUGGCCAAGCAGGGGUGCGCCGUUGCACUCGGCGCCCGACGACUAGACGCCUUGGAAUCAGUCAAGCGCACUGUUGAAUCAUUCGGCGUGAAAUGUGUCAUCCGUUCAACAGACGUCACCAAAAAGACUGAAACUGAAGCUCUCUUCCAAGCUGCCCGCGACGAAUUGGGUCCAGUGGAUAUCCUCGUUGCCUGCGCCGGUGUCAUGUACUUCACCAUGAUGGCCAACACCCAAACAGAGGAGUGGGAACGCACUGUAGACGUCAACUGCAAGGGUCUACUGAAUUCCCUGUCAUCCACCGUCCCUAGCAUGCUCUCCCGAGGCAAAGGCCACAUCGUGGCUAUCUCCUCUGAUGCAGGCCGCAAGGUCUUCCCCGGUCUGGGUGUGUACUCGGCCAGCAAGUUCUUCGUCGAGGCCACACUCCAAGCUUUGCGUCUUGAGACGGCCGGUGCCGGGCUGCGGGUCACGAGUAUCCAGCCGGGUAACACAUCGACUCCGUUGCUGAAUAUGUCGACGGAUGCCGAGGCUGUUAAGAAGUAUGGCGAGCCAUCUGGCGCAAAGAUCUUGGAUCCUUCUGAUGUGGCGAACUCUAUUGUCCAUGCUCUUACUCAGCCUGAACAUGUCUCUGUGAAUGAGAUCCUGGUUGAACCGCGGGAUGAACCCAUUUAA